AUUACAUGCAUGUCUAUCUAGUAAUUAACAGCGGAUCUCGUCGUAGUUGAGUUGUCACUUUCUAUUACGAUACACAAUGCAUCGCUAUCAGCCAGAGCCAGACCUCUCUCGUGCGCUAGUAUAUCAUCCGUCCGAAACAUAGCUCUCCCAUCGUCUGGCAGCAGCGCCACAAGGAAGAAGAGUAUAUACUAUACAGUAUAUACACACUCGCACGUAUAUACAUAUAUGCACGAAUAGAAAGAGAGAGAGAGAGAGAGAGAGAGAAAGAGAGAGUGCGCUCGCGAUACACACGCGGGUCAUAUGUAUACACACGCACACAUGCAAAUACAGGUAGCGCAUACGCAGCUGUGUAGUCAGACAGUACAGUGAAUUUCUCUCGCGGAACGACGCGCGGCGGGGAGAGAGGGAAAGAUCAACACCGUCGACGCCCGUGUACGAGUGUGAAUAUUAUACGUUCGACGAGGACGACGUGGCUGCUGGCAGCUGGGGGCAGUAAUGCGUGACGACCUGACAACGACCGCGACGACGUUGACCACGCAACACAGUGCAUUGAAUGUCCCGCGAGCGAGAACGUAAAGAAAAAGCCGAGAGAGAUGAGACGACGCUGACGACGACGCUAGCAUCGUGAAAGCAGCGAGUGUGUGUGCUGCAAGCGAAAGGAGAGAAAGAGAGAGAGAGCGAGAGAAGCGAAGGCGGCGGCUGUGCGUACGCGCGGCAAUAAUAAUUGGCCCCGUCACGAGCAGUGAGCCAUGUUCUACGUGCUGCCGUUGUUGCUGACUAUUCUUUUGUUGUGAGCAAAAAGGAACCACUGCCAGGGUGUUCCGAGUGCGUGUUAUACUCCUCGUGUGUGCGCGCAUUCUGUCCAAGUGUUACGUGUGUGUAGUAUCUGUGGAGAAGUUUCACCAGGUGGAAUGAGGACUCGCCACGAUUACUGCUACUGCGGCUGCUUUUGAGUGUGUGCGGAUUCAUCUUAGAGCUGGGAUGGGGUCGCCUUCCAGGACGUGGAGAUGAUAGUUCUAACAGGCUGUUCAAAAAGGUGUUAGGAGCAUAAUUCAUUUAUUUUGGCUAUAAUAGCCUUUGAGAGGGAUGAAUGGAACAACAGCUCUGCGUCACAGUGUUGGUGGCAGUGGAAUCGGUGAACCGGUUCCUGUCGCCACAUUGGUUGUCUACAAAGAUGAUGCAGGGUACGGGAUGAAAGUUUCUGGUGACAAGCCUGUUUAUGUUCAGUCAGUUAAAGAAGGUGGUGCAGCAGCUAGAGCUGGCCUUCACUCAGGUGACAAAAUUAUCAAGGUGAAUGGAGUGAAUGUCAUGCAAUCAACGCACACAGAAGUUGUUGAACUUAUUAAAUCCUCAACGCAAGUAGUUUUAACGGUACAACAAAAAUCUGUGUCAACAAUGGCUGCUGGAUUAUCUCCAUCCCAACAUCAUCAUCGACCAACAAGUCUAUCAACAAGUUCUGUGCUAGUCUCCCCUGUGCAAGGUGCAACAUCAUUAAACCGAGCUUCUACAGCUCCUGCCUCAUGUAAUGAAAGGAUCACUGGUCCUCAACCUGUUGAUCAUGAAAAAAGACGACAACUGGAAACUCAACGCGUAAUAACGUUGCAGAUGAUGUUGGAUGCUGCGGCGAUUUCCGGAAACAAAAAUAAUAUUGCUUCUUUGCAAACAGAACUUGCUAACGCAGAGCGACGCCUGAAAAAGUUGCAAGAAUCAACGGAUCAACUUAGUCCAUUGGUGUCCUCUCCCGCGAACCAGCACACCGCGCACACCUCGGGCAGUGGCGGCGGUGGUGUUGGAACUAUUAGCGACACCCCGCCGCCGCUGCCCUCUCGCAACAAAUCCAUGUCCACGCGGAGCUUGUCUCCGCCACCCUUGCCACCGCGACCUUCUCCCUGCAAUCUCGCUCAGUGCCCCGAGCAGGAGAGACACUUAGCCGCCGCCGUCAGCGGUGUACCUAACUCUGGUGCAAAUCUCGGCUCGCCGAGUUCGAUGGGCAAGCAUCAGCGUACCAAAUCAAGUCCGGAGCAAUUGAUUGCGGUGUCACCGGCUGAAGCGAGUCGCCGUUUAAUCGCUUCGGAAUCGAUGAGCGAAUUGACGCCUAAGCAUUUGGCGCGUCACAGUGGUAUCGAUCUUGACGAUUUGCCUGGUUACAAGACUCCACCUGGUACUCCACCGCCACCAUAUCCUGCACCAAAUCUUGGAGAUGUAUUCGGUUCGACGUUUAAUGAGAGUAUUAUUGAUAACUUCGACGUGAACUUGCCAAGAGCGCCAAACGUGUCAGACGGUAGUAAUUCUGGAAUUCAGAAGCACGUGAUUCAACAGCCAAUUAUGUCAAUGGAAGACGAUGAUAUGAGCGACCAAGAAGUCGGACAGUUGGAAGACCACGGACCUUUUAAAUUGCUAUCCAAGCUGUGGAAACACCAUGCUCAUCUUGCGGUCUUCAUUAAUUAUGUUCUGUCCAACAGCGAUCCCUCAAGCCUGUUAUUCUACCUUAUAACGGACCUUUAUAAAGAGGGAAAUGCUAAAGAGAUGCGGAAAUGGGCUUAUGAGAUUCACUCAAGUUUUCUUGUACCAGGAGCUCCACUACGUUUGAAUAAUGUAGAUGAAAAUGUUGCUCGUGAAAUUGAUGACGUCUUGUUGAAUGAAUGGGACAAGGAAGAAAUUCUACGAAAAAUAUUCUGGAAAGCAAGAGCUCGGGCAAAGGAAGAGUUAAAUGAACAAUUAACAGACUUUCAACAGAAAAGAAUUGCUGGGUUGGGCACGCUUUUUGGACCAAGCGAUGCUGAACUCGAUGGAAGUUCAUAUGAUAAAAAUAGAGAAACAAAAAUUAUUGAAACAUACCUUUUACCAAAAAUGGAAACAUAUCUAGAAGAUAUUGAAAAGGAAAAUGUUGAUCAAAGAAAAUUCGCAACAGCAGCUAGUCUUGCAACAGUUCUAACAAAAGUAUUCAGUCUACGCUCAGUAUCCUUGGAUCGCGUACCAAUAUUUGUCGUGAAAGAUAAAUCUCAUAUAAAAGCUCGAUUGAGUUAUUGGCCUGCAAAGGCAAGAAAAAUGACCGUAAGAGGCCACCACUUCGUCGCACAGCCGUACUACACAGUCACAUACUGCAAUCACUGCCAAUUUAUUAUCGGUGGAAUUGGUCCUCAAGGCUAUCAGUGUGGGCAUUGUUCUCUAAACGUUCAUCGCCAAUGUGUUCGAGUUGUCGACGAGAACUGUCCUGGUCCACUGGUUAACAAAAAAGAGAAAGGUAAUGACCGUAUAAGCAAGCUGAUGGAACGAAUUCGUCCCGAAAAGAAACCACCAUCUCAUCAUCACAAUCAAUUCCACCACAUGGAGCGUAUGAAAAGAGCUGAAGAAGACAGUAGCCCGAUAAUUGAUGGUGAGAAUGGAGAGCAUCGCGGAAGUGGACCGGCAGGAAGCGGAGCGCGGGGAGGCGGCGAGAGAGGCCGCGUUUCCGGCUUCGAUCACGCCGAUAGCAUGGACGAUCCCUCUUCCAGGGAGGACAUCUCCGAAAUGGUGCAGCAAAAUAUUUCCAGUAAGCCAAAGACGUCGAACAUAAACAGGUCUGAAAGUUACAAGGAGCGGAUACAUCAUAAGCGACAGAUACGUGAAAAGCGAAAGACCAGCGACCCAAACCUCUCCAAGACAAAUGACUGUGAUGCAAGCGGAGCAUUCCCGGGCAACUCGGCAGGCAGCUCAUCGAACAGCAGCCUGUCGACACGAAGUCUGGACAGUCCGUCGACGAGCCUCGAACAAGUGCAUCCUGCCACGGCAAACGCGUCGGCCUCUUGGGGAGACAGCGACGUCGAUGUCGAGCCCGAUCCGCCAGAUUGGAGUCAAGGUGUCGCCGAGGAAGUAUUCGCGAGGCUUAGUAACGUCGAGAAGAAGAGGCAGGAGGUCAUCAAUGAACUGUUUCACACGGAACGCUCGCACGUGCGUGCCCUCAAGGUCCUUUCACAAGUCUUCCACAAACCGUUGAUGGACUCGCAAGUGUUGCCGCCCGACCAGAUUCAACUGCUCUUCUCCAAUCUCGACGAGAUGGUUAUAUUGCAUUCGCAAUUCAACCAAGCGAUGAAACGCAAGAGAAAGGAAAAUCCAUGUGUCGCUGACGUUGGUGAUCUGCUACUGGAGAUGUUCGACGGUGAAGCUGGUGAAGUUUUCGAAAGAGCUGCUUCCAAGUACUGCGCCAAGCAACAAGUGGCGUUGAGAGCUUUGAGGGAUCAGAGACGCAAGGAUCCCAAGCUUAAUGCGUUUUUGAACGAGGUCGAGGCUAAUCCACUUUGCAGAAGGUUGCAGUUAAAGGAUCACAUAUUAACGGGGAUGCUGCGACUAACAAAGUACCCACUCCUAUUUGACAACCUGGCAAAAUACACUUCGGAACAGAACGAGAGAGAGCGAGCAGCGGUCAUUCGUAGUUUGGAGCGUAGUCGUGAAAUUCUGUCGCGAGUGAAUCAAGCAGUUCGCGAGGCCGAAGAUUAUCAUCGGUUAGCAGAGAUUCAACGGCUGAUCGAUCGUUCGGCAUUUGAUAAAUUCGAGCAUCCGUGCGUGCAAGAAUUUAAGAACCUUGAUAUUACUAAGCGUCGACUGAUCUACGACGGUCCUCUUCAGUGGCGCGUCGUCAAGGCCAAACCAGUUGAUCUCCACGUUGUUCUACUCGACGACCUGAUACUCCUGCUACACCGUCAAGACGACAAGUAUGCGCUUAAAUUCAUCAACCAGAUGAACUCAGUGCUGAGUCCAAUCGUCAGGGUGUCGACUGUUCUCGUCAGACAGAACGCUGUCGAUAAGAAUUCGCUCUAUCUCGUAAAUACAUCUCAGAAUGGCGCACAGAUCUACGAUCUUGUUGCCUCAUCAUCCGAGGAAAGGAUAUUGUGGUAUAAACACAUAUCCGAGGCUGCUGAGGUGCAUAAAUCAAGAGAUAAGGAUGGUAGGAGGUCUAUGCCACCGAGUUCGUCGUCUAAUGAACUCGCCGAGUCGGCUGAAGACCAAUUACUUCCCGAAUCGAGUUCUGCGACUGCUACGUCUACACAAUUGCAGGACACUGGAAGUGAGCCUCGUGCGAACGAUAAAGCCGAGCAGGAUAAGCAAAAAGAAGCUCCAUCAGUGACAGAUUCGUCAAUAACAGCAACAACGACACCAACUCCAGCCAGACAAUCGGGCGAGUCAAUCGAGGCGUCAUCAUCGACAUCUCGCGAUGAAAUCGAGACUAUGGAUGAAGCUACCAAGAUUACAGCUGCUGCGAAGUCAGACCAGGAUGAAAAUGCUGCUGCUGCCGCUGCGUCGACUAAUCUAACUGAAAAUGUUCGAUUGGUUACAUGCACACAGUGCUCGCUCAUCGACCCGCUCGAGGUUCAUGUCGAGGAGAGGUCUGUGCAUCUAGCUGAACCUGUAUUGACUCCUAUUGAGUCACUGCGGCGAAAGGAUGAAGUUAUAAAGCAAGCGCUCAUCGAAAAGCAAUCCAUCGUCGCAAAUAUACUCAAUAUUCCAAAGUCAGACGUAGAACAUUUAGCUGAACCUACCUCGGAGCUUUCGGGUGUCGAGAAAGAGCCAUCUGAACUUAUACUUACAGCUAUUGGUCAAGCGAAUCAAUUGAUUGAGCUGUUGAAUACAGCAUUGACAGUCAGUGAGACAGAGUCUGUGCUCGCCACGCAAAGCUUGACUGCUCCGGCCGUUGGUUGUGAGACUACGGGUUGUCCAACUCCACGACCACAUCCUCGUAAUCUUGAGCCUACAAUUCCAGUCUCUACACUCCAACCUCUUUGCAAUACCCUCACGUCGCAACUCUCUCAGCUCCUUAAAAUCGUUAAAGAAAGAGACGAAGAAAGAGAAAGAUUACGGAAAGAACUACGACGUAGUCGGGAAAGGCUUCACGCAAUCGAUACGGAAGCGCAGCGUCGAGAAGCGACUGAUUUACAUUCUACGUCAUCCGAAAUCACAACGCAAAAUAACUAUGCAGGUACGACAGACAAAGUUAAUCAAGAUUCAUGCAAUGAUAGAACAAACUACGAGAUAUUCGUUGAUAUGGAAAAUGAUCCAGGUACAUCAACACCGACGAAUCUCGUUGAAGAGACAAAAACGACGUCGGAUAAAGAAGUCAUGGGUGACAGCGUGGGUUGACAUGUUUAAAAUAUUCUGCCAGAAUUGCAGACCCGAUGCAUUUUUAAGUGCGUUUCCGCAAUUCUUUGCUCAGUAUCAAAUAAUGUUGCGCUAACGAGCAUUAGACAAGCGAAGAAUUACGACUUUUAAGAGAUAAAAACACUUGCUCCGUUAAGAAAAAAGGCAGGGUAGCAUAACAAAUUUAGAUACCUAUUUACUGAAUCGUGGGGCUUCAGUUUAACGUGCGAUGUUAAAUACUCGCUAAUGAUUUCGUGCAAUCGAACAAAAAAAUCUGACAGUUCAGCGCAAUGAAAAAGACUCUAUGGUUUUUACUAUUCAGGUGGAAAAAGAUGUAGCUGACUUAAUAAUUAUCUUCCUAUUUUUUCAAUGUAUAACGUCAUGUAAAGUGCCUUUUUUGUACACACUUUUUUAUACUAAACUAGCAUGUCAACGAUAUAAAAACAAAACGUAAGUUUUAAAGGUCAAGGUACACGUCAGGAAAAGCCUUACAAUUCUUACAAAACUACAAAGACUUGAGAUAUCGAAAAUUCCGAUGAUUUUAUGAAAAACAUUCGUAAUGAGAUUUUGACAGUUAUAACUUUUAGACUAUACAGCUAUACCCAGUUCCGAACUUUUUAUGCGAACCAUAUACAUACUCUCUAAAUACCAAUUUGUGUGAAAUUAAGACUUAAUGUUUGACAUUUUUGAUAGACUGUUUUUGUGUGGUACACAUCAAGUAACAAGAGAAAGGAAAGUUUCACCGCAGUUCAGUUGUUCCUUUUUAAACGAUUGAUGAACUUUACAAUUUAUUGUUAUAUAUAUUGGUGCUUUAUUAAUUUUUGAUAAGUUGAGCUACAAAGUUUGUUGUAGUUAUAAGAUAAAUUAACAGCAGAACCGGUUGAUUCUACGAUGCAUAUUUUUAGGUGAUCUACGUUAAGAUUCUAUAAGCUAGAAGAACAAAGUUUGAUUUUAGCUUAGCACGAAAUCAUUUAGCGAGUGUUGAAUUAUACAUAAUUAACACAAUAUUCCACAUUCAUUGGAACAAAAAUAUAGAGAUGAGAUAAAUAUAUAAGCAAAUAUUAUGAACAUAUACAUAUAAAUAAAUUAUAAGUAAAUAAAUUAAUGAAUUUAAAAUACAAGAAUGUAGUACAUGUAUAAAGGAAAUAUUUAAUAAUUUUGUUAGAUCGUAGAGUCAUAGUGGCGAUUAUUAUUUUUUAGUUAUAUUAUUAGUUGUAUUUUAUCAUUAUCAUCAUCAUCGUAUUAUCAUAAUUUCUGAAUUAAAGCGCAUAUCAAAUGGAAACUGUCACUGUGUAUUUAUGUAAAUUUCAAACCUUUUUAUAUAUGUUUAUAUAAUUUUUUUUUAAAUUUUUUAUUAACGUUGCUGUUCACAUAUUUUUGGGAUUCGAAAAUUCGAAACAUAGACUUACAUAUAUCAUGCAAAUCAACUUUGAAUAUGUACACAAGGUAUUAUAGACAAUUUUGUCACUAUUUACUGACGAUACUUUACCUCGAUUUUUUCAAUAAAUAACACUUCAAAUAUUUACAGAACUACAAUAUAUUUUACGCAACAAAGUUUGAUACAAAUGCUUACUACAUUUUUAAAUACAACUUACAGUUUCUGGUACUCAAUACAUUCUUUCGCUUUUUGCAAAAAUAUAAUGUAGAAGGAAAGUUAAAGACAUUUUGAAAAAUUGUUGCGUAUUUUUUAUGGAAUAAUAUUGUACGAAAUGUAAAAUUUGAUAAGCCAUAUAUACUCGAAAUUUGUCAUGAAAACUUUUUUCCCCUAUCACUUCUUUUUAACACUGAUCUGCUGAAACAUAAAUAAAGAAUUUGUAUACCAAUAUUUUGGCUUAUAUUAUU